AGAUCAAAGCCGAGGUUCUGCCUCUCCUGUGGUGCUAAAGAAGGACGUGGAGAACAUGGAGAAAGAGGAGCUCCAGAAGGUUCUGCUGGAGCAGAUCGACUUCAGGAGGAGACUGGAGCAAGAGUUUCACGCUCUGAAGGGCACCUCACCAUUUCCUGUCUUCCAUAAUUUCCAAGACCAGAUGAAAAGAGAGCUCGCCUACAGAGAAGAGAUGGUCCAACAGUUACAGAUGAUUCCCUACGCAAACAUCCUCAGAAAAGAGAAGAUCAGCUCCCAUCUCAACAAAUAGCUAAAAGGCAGAAUCAACAAUGAGAGGAAGGCUGCCUGGAUUUCUGUGAAUGUCCCAAGAAGAAAAAAAACAGAGAAAUAUACGGGAGAGACCCAAACAGAAUACGACUGAAUAUAUUAUUAACAUUUGUUUUCUUCUGCCUUUGUUAUUAGCUCUGUUCAGUGAAACACUUUAGAAGUAGCUGAUCAAAGCUCCUUCUCCCUGCCUCCAGUUCAUUUCCCAAACUGACUGAACUCAAAUGGGCACACACUGGCGACAUUAGGGGGAAAAGGGAACAUCAAAGCUUCACCCAACCCGGACCAAAGCAACCACAACCCAUCUCCUCUUUUGUGAGUUUUAGAGCUGUGCAAAACAAACUGUGAACUUUUCCAAGCUCCGAAAGACGAAGAGGGGCAGAGUCAUAGCAACAGUAAGACUGUGUUAUUGUCCAUGACUGCUGCUGGCCCAACUGUACAUACAUCAGACUGUGGACAAGGACGGACUUCUAACAUUGAUGGAUCAGAUUGGCACCCUUGAGAGAAAACAUUUGGUCCCAAAGGGAUUCUCCUCAUCAUGUCCAGUUGUGUUCAUUGACCCAAACAAACGUCUCAUAGUUACCCAGGUUGUCAGCAUGUCCCUGAAGAGGUCAGAUGUUUGUGGUGAUUUCAUGCACCAUCCUUUACUCCGUUAGACAUUACUAACUUGAAUAUGCCAGAUGAAGAACAAGGGAGGAAAUGAAAUAAGUGUUUUUGGGUUUUAAACCUAAAGAGAGAGCAGUAUUAAUAAAGGGCAUCAUCACGUAACGCUUUAAUUAAGAGCUUUAGUAUUUGGGGAGUGCACAAAAACCUAGAGUAUUAUUUUCAAUGCUGACAUUUUUCACCUUUUAUUUAAACAGGAAGUUAGCUCAAAACAAUAUCCUGUGUCACAUCCACAGCUCAGCAGCCUUUUUACUGUUUUAUUUGUGAAUCCUUUCCUCAAAAUGAACCGUGAAGAUAAUUGUAACCCUCCGACCAAAUGUUUUUAACACCGAUCCACGGGCAAGGUAACAUUACCACCAUCAGCUAAAUGAUGGGGUGUUGUCAGAUGGACACAAUGACAAUUAAAGGCCAAUCCCUGUUUUCGUGUUUGCUCUCCAAAUGAGUAUCCGGGACACGAGGAGCAGAAGGCUGCCGUGUGUCAGGGUUGUACAUCUACCUGUAAAUGAUUUGAUCUGACUGUAUACAAUGUCAACGUGAGAAUACUGAGCCUCACAGUGAGCCUAUCUAUAUGUGUUUGUUUGUUUAUUUAUUUGAGUACCAGGGCCUAAGACCCUGAUUGUGAACAUAUUAUUUAUUAUAAUGUCAAAAAGAAAGAAAUGUGUUGAUGAUGAUCAAGUGUGUGUCACAGGGAUCACACAUGAGAACUCACCCACCUUGUUUAUAGAAUGAAUGAAUGGAUAAAGUUGUCAUUU